AAUAAUAAUAAAUUGUAUCUCAUUCCCCCCAUACAUUAUGAAAGGUCGUUGUAUUUCCAAUAACUACAAGUCUUUCGUUUGCAAAUGUUGUUUAUGUUUACAGAUAGUAACUAAAGAGUAUUAACACAAAGUACUUUCUGUAGAUUUAGCUCGGGAUAAUAUGACAUAACUUUCACCGAAACGUUGAAUAAAGUAUUAUAACCCGUUUUGUUUACAUUAGACUUGUAUUGGUUACUAAAUUACUUGUCGUAUGACAACCGGCGUCGCGCAGCCUCGGCUUGAAAGUUGGGGACAAAAUUCAAUAACGAAUUGGCCAUUUUAUUGAUGGCCGGGGGGGAGGCUGGGUGGAGACAGUCGGUCGGUGGCAGAAGUUGAAAAUGGGGGAGCAAAGAGGUCGCCAUUAGUUUCCCAGCACAUUGGGGCGUAGGCGUCGGGGGUGUGGCACGGGGCGUGGGGGUCCCCGUGCCACCCCCUGGCGACCUACUCGCCACUAUCUCCAUGUUCGAACAGCAGAUCAAGGCUGAACCCAUGAGUUUCUACACAUCUCAUCCACACGUACACACCGGUCCCCCAACAAUAAUUCGGUCAGAUUCAAGCCAUGCCUCUAUCAUCAACAUGAACCAGCAUCACCAAACACACCAGGAGGAUUCUAAAGAUAGCCUCAUAGUACAACAGCAAGUACAACAUCAGCAAGAUCUCAUGGAACAACACCAGCAACAACAAGAAAUGCAACAACAAGACGAUGAGCUGAGCUUCAAAGGCAUGGAAGAUGAAGGAGUUGAAAUGGAUAUGGAUGGACGACAAUGUUCUCAGGGUAUGGGGGUGGACAUGGGAUCAGUACAAACUAAAAUGGAAGUAUCAAAUGGUGGACAGUCGACGCCUCGAUCUAAGCCACAGGCCUGUAAGGUGUGUGGCAAAGUUUUGUCGUCAGCUUCUUCAUACUAUGUCCACAUGAAGCUCCACUCAGGAAACAAACCCUUUCAGUGCACUGUGUGCGAUGCAGCUUUUUGCCGCAAGCCGUACCUAGAGGUGCACAUGCGCACCCACACGGGCGAGCGCCCAUUCCAAUGCGACCUCUGCCUCAAGCGCUUCACGCAGAAGUCCAGUCUCAACACGCACAAACGCGUGCACACAGAUGAGCACAUGCGCGCGUUGAUGGUGAAGGACCGGCCCUACAAGUGUGAGCUCUGUCAGAUGCGGUUCACGCAGAGCUCCAGCCUCAACCGACACAAGAAAAUUCACACGGAGGAACACAGACGUGCGCUGCUGGCUAAGGAUCGGCCCUACCAAUGCGGCAUCUGCUUUGUGAGAUUCACCCAGAAAUCAAGUUUGGGCCGGCACGGAAAAAUACAUACCGAGGAGCACAGACGAGCCCUGUUAGAGAAAGUGCGGCCGUACCAGUGCCACAUCUGUUUUAUGCGCUUCACUCAGAAGUCCAGCCUGGGACGACAUGGGAAAAUACACACUGAGGAGCACAUCCAAUCGCUGAUCAACAAAGUGCGCCCCUAUCAAUGCGACAUCUGUGACAAGCGGUUCACUCAGAAGUCCAGCCUUGGCACUCAUAAACGUAUACACACCGGGGAGCGGCCGUUCCAGUGCACCGUCUGCCUCAAGUCCUUCACGCAGAAGUGCGCGCUCAAUUUGCACGAAAAAAUACAUACGGUGCAAGGGCGUCCUUUCGCGUGCGGGCAAUGCCCGGCGGCGUUCGCCCGCCGCCCCUACUUGGACAUUCACAUGCGCACGCAUACAGGCGAGCGGCCCUAUCAGUGCGACGCGUGUCUGAAGCGCUUCACGCAGAAGUCCAGCCUCAAUAUACAUAAGAGGACGCACACAGUCCAGGGCAGACCGUUCCAGUGCCUGUCGUGCCCAGCCGCCUUCACCUGCAAGCAAUACCUGGAGAUACACACGCGCACCCACACCGGCGAGCGGCCCUAUCAGUGCGACAUCUGCCUGAAGCGCUUCACACAGAAAUCCAGUCUCAACAUCCACAAGCGGACGCACUCAGUGCAGGGGCGGCCCUUCCAGUGCCUGCAGUGCCCCGCCGCCUUCACCUGCAAGCAGUACCUCGAGAUACACAACCGCACGCACACCGGCGAGCGCCCCUACCAGUGUGACGUAUGCCUCAAGAGAUUCGCGCAAAAAUCUACACUCAAUAUACACAAACGAACGCACACAGUGCAAGGGCGUCCGUACCAAUGCAUGGAGUGCCCGGCGGCGUUCACUUGCAAGCCGUACCUGGAGAUACACAUGCGUACGCACACGGGGGAAAGGCCGUUCGAGUGCGAUGUCUGUUACAAACGCUUCACGCAGAAAUCCACGCUCAACAUUCACAAGCGAAUUCAUACCGGUGAACGCCCAUAUGCUUGUGAUAUUUGUCAGAAACGUUUUGCUGUAAAGAGCUACGUAACAGCGCACAGAUGGUCCCACGUGGCCGACAAGCCGCUGAACUGCGACCGGUGCUCGAUGUCGUUCACGUCGAAGUCCCAGUUCGCGCUGCACAUCCGCACGCACUCCACCGGCUCGUGCUACGAGUGCAGCGUCUGCGGACGCUCCUUCGUCAGGGACAGCUAUCUAAUAAGACACCACAACCGCGUCCACCGCGAGAACCACAGCAACGUGUCGGCGAACAGCAUCGGCACCAUCAACAGUGUUGCCACCAACACCAACAAUUCUAACAACAGCAACUUCGACUCCCCCGGCGUUUGUGACUUAAGACGCCAAUUUCUUUGCAGCUUUGUACCAAUGGUGAAUCGUUACAUGACAUCCCAAGGGACCCAAGUGUCCAUGCAAGACACGAGCAAAAUGUCAGCGAUGUCGCCACAGUCUAUUGCGUCUAUUUCGUCGCCCCCUCCUUCGCAUACCCCUACGCCGCAGCCCCAGAUGUCCGGUCAGCUGCAUCUCGCAGACUGAUCGCCAAGUUAGCUCUCGGUUGAACAGCAUGCAGCCAGAGUGCAAUAUUAUAUAUUUGGCAGCCAUCAACAAGAGCAGCUAUCAUUGAUAACGAUGUAAUCGAGCAGGAGACAGGCAGCUCCUCGCUAGGAUCGUCAGCAUGGACUCAUGCAGUCUUAUUUGUUUAUUAUAUUUGGAGUUAUUUAUUUAUACUGUUGAUUUGGUCGGGCGUGGUGUGAGCUAGAAGUGUCCGCGUGGACUGCAGAGCGCAGGAUCGAGUUGGUUUCGUUACGCUUGUGGAAUCCCUCGAGAACACCCGGUGGACAUCACAAUAGAGACGAGGAUGUAGUGAGUAGUCACGUAGCGGUACCGCCUAUGAUAAUAUAUGCAUUGUGAUUUAUACCUACAACUGUGAUUUAUCUAUACCAUCACAUGAUUAUAUUAAUUUCCGUGGUGGCGUUCAUAAAUCAAUACUUAAAAGUCUCAUCAUGAUAGUUUGUAGGCCUAAAAUUUUGAUCUCAUAUUCUAAUUUGCUUAGUGAUAAAUUUUGGAAUCGUAAAUGGUAAAUCUCCAACUUAAAAAAUUCUAAAUUUUAAUGUUCGUCAUUCGCUUAUCAUCGUCAUACCCAUCCUUCAUUAGUUGUAGAGAAAUGUAACAAUAUCUUAUUGCGAUGCUUUAACUUAGAACGUGUCAGUGUAUAUGGAAGUUCAGUAAUUUUAUAUAAAGCUGUUACCGACGAGUGGUAAUGUAUUUUGAUCGCUGAAGAAUAUAAAGGACUCUAGAUAAUACUCCUCAAGGCUAAUCCAUAAGAAUACUUUAAAUAAAAAUCAGGUUUCAUAUAAAAAAAUAAUAAUAAUAGUAAAUGAUAAGUACAAAUAAUAAUCCCAUAAACAAGCAGAGUCCUGAGAGGCAAUAUUGAAAGCUUCACAAAAUUAAUAACUUUUAAUAUGAUGUUUAUUGGAGAAAUCCAGAGAAGUGCCUGUUGCAACAUAAAAUUGGCAAUAUUUUUUAAACGUAUUACGUUCAGACUAAAGUUAUGUUCAGUGUUCAAUGUGUGGAGAGCGCGGUCACCGGCCGGAGUCCGCGCUGUGCGUCUCGCAGUAAUAGUGAGGCGUACUGGGUGUUAGGAGUCGUAGCUGUAUCUUGUGGGCGUUUCAUAAACAGAGAGCAUAAUUUGUGAAGCUUCUUACUAAAACUUUGUGUGCCUUCUAGCGGAUAGCGACAUUAGGCAAUAUCAAUCAUAACACCAUUGAUAAACUUCAUUUAUAUUUUUCAAAUUUCUGAUGAGAUUAAAUAUUCACUUUAAAGUGUAGUCAUCAUAAACAUUGUUACAUAAUUAUUUACCCAUUUAGGAUAUCGCAAUAUAUAUACAUAUAUAUGUAACAAACGUAUUUUGGCAAGAGGCAUAACUUUACUGUUUUUCGAAUAAUAGUAAUAAUGAAUAGUGUAUAGUGCAGUAGUCUUCCAAUACCUUGAGACAGUUCUUGCGCACUGAGUAGUGCAGCUAAAGUGUCCGCUGCGGGGGUUCCUUAUGGUUUGCCAUUAUUGAUAUCAAAGAUAGAUUGGUGCCAUUUCUAUGUAAAUGAUGUGGUAGAGUAAGUUUAGUUAAGUCUGCAGGUCAGGGUAGAACUGGAAAUAAAAUAUUGUAAGAGCUCUAAUAUGUAAUACAUAGUGUUAAACCGACAUUUAUACCUAUUGUUUUACAACUUCCCGUGUUGUUAAUUUUGAUGCAUUAUUUUAUUUCCAUGAUGUAUGUGUCCAUGUGCUGGUUCAGCAAAUGUAAAUAAAUAUUGGUAGUGUUUAUUUAUUCAAGUAUAUCGAGGUGAAAACCAUUCAAAAUUAUAAUAAGUGUAUGAUUUGUAGGAAUGUCUCAUUCUACGGUCAUACCAAAUAUCGAACUGAGAAUAUAAUUGGAAUUAAUGUUAGAUUUAGCGCAGAACUAUACUUUGGGUACUAUAAAGAUCAAAAUUUCUUGUAGAUGUACAUAAGUAUACAUAUAAUAAUAUAUACAUAUGAAUGUUGUUUGAUAGUCCUCAAUAUUUUUUUAUAUUUUGAUAGUUCUGUAUUUGAUGGAAACACGAAAAAAAUAGGCCAAUAUCUCAUUAUCAUUUUAAAAUAAUAAAUGUGUACACCGUAUGUUAAGAUAAAGUAAAAUAUGAUGAGGAUGCAUUUAGUUGCCCACAAAUCUAAGAGUAACAUCUAAACUUUUCCGUAUAUUAAUAAACUUUUAAACGUUUUUAGUAAGUUUCUUACCAAGCCAUUGAUAACAGUAUUAUUUAGACAAACUAGAACUUGGGUUUAAAGAGUAGUAUAAAUCUUUCAGCUACCAUUAUAAAAGAUCACCAUUGAAAUUUUAAAACCAUAGUUAUCAAUAGUUUGUAUGUAACAGCAUUGGUAGGGACGACAAGUAUUAGGUGCCUUCCAAUGCUGAUUACCUUAUAUAAUUAUAUUAUCCAUAGAUAUUAUUGAUGGAAAUAGAAACACCAACAUAGUGACCUAGUACAUAAAUACAUAUUUUAAAUAUAUUGAUGUCCCUCAGUUUUCCUAACGCUCGGCAAGGGUGAUUGUUUCUUUUUGAAUUCUAGGAUUAGUAAUAUAUUUUUGUUAUUAUUAUAUUAUGUUCACUGUCUUUAUGAUUGUUUUAUCUUUAUUAUUAUUGCAUUACCCUAUCGUUACUUCACCCUAGCCGAGUGAGCUGGCGAGUCGAGGACACGCGGUCCUUGUUAAUUACGAGAUGUACUCUGGAUUCUUAAUUCUACACGCAGAGUAUAAUUCAUAUAUUUAUAUUGAUAAGAGGAGAACUUUUCGGUGAAUAUGUUUCGUAAUAAAUAAGGACCCUAAAAAUAACCGUGAAGGCCACACUUUGCAACUGAUUUCUAAGAGCUGCUAAGUAUACGUUGGAUUUGCAAUUUGUGUGCCUUCGUUGGCAACUAUUUUACAUACCGAUGUUAGUUAACCUAUUUUAAGAAGUGAAUAAUGAUACCCUUGAAUUUACGUAAUUGUGAAAGUGGUGAUGAUUUGUUUCUCUUUGUCUACUUAUUUUUUUGAACCGUAGAAAAGACUGAGGAAUUCACAACGUUAAAAAGAAUACUCACGCGAUAAAAUUGGCAGUGUUGGUUUGUGUUGUUGUUAUUUUGUUGUUAACAUCGGAGUGGUUGUGGUUGACGGACCAACCAGUUUCUUUCUUUGUAAGCCGUUAUUGAAUUUUGGUUAGAGAAAAUCGUACAUAUCCUUCCCCGUGAAUGUAUAACGUAUACUUCCCUCGUCGAGGCGGACUACUAGUCUAGGGGGCCGCGAGCCGCCGACCACUUACACUAAACUUGAUCGUGGUAGUUUUAUGAAAUAACAGUGAGCCUUGUGUAAUCAUAAUGUCUAAGGUACAUAAAUAUUUAGUUGUAUUGUAUCGUUAGAUUUACGUGAACUUCCGCUUUGCCAACAUAUUGCGUUGCUUACAUUAUAAUCAUACGAGAGUACAGCCUAAGGAUUUUAACUUUUUUUAUAUACUGAGAGCUAUUUCUAAGUCACUGAUUUUAUACUAUUUCUAAUUAUACGCUAAACAAAAAAUAAAAGGCUAUGAGCCACACUUUACCAAGUUUUGGAGUAUUUUACAUCCCUUUGAGUGCAAUUUUUUAUUAAAAUUCAAAUACAAACAUCAUGGCAUGAUGAUAAUUUGUACGGUCAUUUAGUUAUAGCUCUUCAGAGUUUUAAUGACCAAUAUUUUAACUACAACCGUUUUUUCUUUAUUGUUAAAAUUUUUAGGCUAGUUUAUAUUUUAAAUAAGUUAGAUUUGUUAAUUGUGGUGUAUUACAUUUACAUUGCACGUGAUUAUAGCUCUCACAGCCUCCUUUACAGGUGAUUAUUUAGUUAUUUUUGUAGUCUGAAAUGAUUGUGAUAAAUUUAUUAUUAUAAUUAUAUUGGUUUGUUUUGUAGAACUGGAGUCUUUCAUAUUGUUUAUUGUUGAUACUUUGAGUAUACAAUCUGCAACGUGAUGUAGCGGUAGGGAGAGGCUGUUAGAGCGUUUAUGUAGUCAGCAUUAUAUAUAUGCUUUAAUGUGAUUUUUUAAAUGUACUCUUUAUUAUAGUCUCAUCAAUCAAUAUUAUAAUUAGCGAACUAACAAAAAACCUUUAAUUUUUUUCAGUUCAUAGUGAUUUAUAUUGAGAUCAAAAUAAAUACAGAGUUUAUAUUUUAAUUUUAUGAAAAAAAAAUAUACAUUGUAAAAUUAUUCUUUAGUGCUCAUUUUGCAGAGCUCUAUAAAAAAUGAAACUAUAUGAAUGCAAAAUAACAAGUCACGAUUCUUUUAGAAGUCGCCAUGUAGUGGAAAAAAAUAAACGUGCCAUGAUAUUUGUGGCUAUUUAUUUUGUUUAUUUUCAA